GUGCAGCACCCUGAGCAUCCUUCAGCUGGAGGAUUCGGUGCUGGGAUGCAGCGUGAAGAGAUGCAGUGCUAGCAGAGCACCUCUGCAGCUCGGCACAGUGGGAUGGGAUUAGGCACAAAGUGAUGCAACCCCCAUGCACGGUUGCUUCAGAGAGUGCUGCGGUUCAGUGACGGCGGCUGCUGCUCUUGUGCAAGGAGGAAGGAGUCAUUCACCACGCUGGGUGGGGAGGAUGAGCACCCAGCAGGAUGUGGGGGCUGCAGAGCAAAUGGGGUGGGUUUGGAGCUUGGCCCUAACAAAAGGUGCAGCAAUUUGGGCCCCACAGGUUCCCCUUGGAGCCCUGCGGGAGAAAUGGAAAAAGUUUUGGGGCGUUCUGUACCGGGAAACCCCCUGCUCCACCGCCCGCCUGGAGCUCUUCGAAAGCGCCGACAAACCGCGGAAGGGCGAGAGCAGCCGGCGCCUGGUGAAGCUGAGCGACUGCGUGCACGUGGCCGAGGCGGGCGGCGAGGCCGGCUGCCCCAAAGCCACGGCCCCAUUCCUGCUGGAGACCACCGAGAAGCGGUACCUGCUGGCGGCCGAGGGCGGAGAGGUGGAGGGCUGGGUGAGGAGGCUGUGCCAGCUGGCGUUCCCGAGGAGCCAGGAGGAAGAAGCAGCGGGGAAGGACAGAGAGCUGAGCUCCAACAGCGAAUUCUCCAUGGCUGAAAAUUCCCUGUACAGCUCCCACAAAGGCUUGGAGCACGACUUCGAGGUGAUGCUGAGGGCCACCGAGUCGUCGGAGCGCUGCCGCCUGCGGGGCCGCUUCGUGCUGCGGGCGGGAGAGGAAGCCUUGGAGCUGCGGGAUGUGCAGAGCAGGGAUGUCCUUUACAGCUGGCCCUACCGCUUCCUGCGGCGCUUCGGGAGGGACAAGGUGACCUUCUCCUUCGAGGCCGGCCGGCGUUGCGCCUCCGGCGAAGGGAACUUUGAGUUUGAGACCAGACAAGGCAACGAGAUCUUCCAGGUGAUCGAAUCGGCCAUCGCUGUGCAACAGGAACGGGGCGGCCCUGGGGACGAGGGCACACGGCCACGCCAAGCAACCCAGCUCCCCGAGCGGGCUCAGGAGCAUGAGGAGCACCGUGCUAAGAGCAUCUACACCGAGCCCUGCGGCCCUCUGAUCCACACCGCCCCCUCGGCCGUGCCCAAAGCUCCGGAGAAGGGCGUGAGGAAGGAUGCUGUGGAUGAAUUGGAGUACGCCGUUCCCUUUGAUACCAUCGCCAAGUCGCUGAUGGUUGGAAAAUUCGGGAGCAUCCUCCAGGGUCCCGCUGAUGCUCCGGAUCCGCUGUAUGACAGCAUACAAGAGGCAAGUGGGCAUCCUCCGUUGCCUCGUCCCCGCGCUAAACCGGAGCACAUCUACGAUGAGCCUGAGGGUGUGUGCACCCACACUGUCUACGAUGAGCCCCAGGAGGUGAAGGGCGAAGCGUGGAGGCUGCAGGCGGCCCCCGAGGAGCCUUCAGGGCACAAAUAUCCCUACAACCCACAGCGGGACGACUACGCCGUGCCCAAGAGAGCCGUCCCGCUGCGGCAGGGCAAGGAGUGGCUCGGGGACACCGAGUACGACAACGUGGUCUUUCAGUUGGCCAAGAAGAGGAACAAGUAGUGAGAGAACGCGGGGAGCGGAGCUCGGCCCCAUCGCCAGCGGUGCACAUCUGGACAGCUGCGGCCGCUGGAGGGCACUGCGCGCCCGGCUGUGGGCUCGGCACCGCCGGACUCAGAGCGGGGCACGGUGCGCCCCAGAGCCCGGCUGAGCGUGGACCCAAAGGGUGCCCCACACCAUGGAGGUGCAGUAAGGAAGCACGGAGCCAGGGGUGCGCGUCCAUCAAAGAGCUGGGUGGUGGUGAACGUCGCAGGGAUGCACAUCCCACACUGUAAGGGCUGGGUGCUGAUGUGCAUCGCAGGGGUGCACAUCCCUCAUUCUAAGAGCUGAGUGGUGGUGAACAUCCCAGGGAUGCACAGCCCUUACUGUAAGGGCUGGGUGCUGAGGCACAUCCCAGGGAUGCACAUCCCUCACUCUAAGAGCUGGGCGGUGUUGAACAUCCCAGGGAUGCAAAUCCCACACCAUGAGGACUGGAUGCUGAUGCACAUCCCAGGGAUGCACACCUCACACCAUAAGGGCUGGAUGCUGAGGCACAUCCCAGGGAUGCACACCUCACACCAUAAGGGCUGGAUGCUGAUGCACAUCCCAGGGAUGCACACCCCACACCAUAAGGGCUAGAUGCUGAGGCACAUCCCAGGGAUGCACACCUCACACUCUAAGAGCUGGGAAGCUGUUGAACAUCCCAGGGAUGCACACCUCACACCGUGAGGGCUGGAUGCUGAUGCACAUCCCAGGGAUGCACAUCCCUCACUCUAAGAGCUGGGCGGUGUUGAACAUCCCAGGGAUGCGCAUCCCGCACCAUAAGGACCAGCUGGCAAUGCACAGCCUCAAGCACUCAUGCCCCACGCCGUAGUGCAGCAGUGCACAGCUCUGGCGUUGCACAUUGCACACCACAAGGGCCGGCUUGCAGGCUGUGCACACUGCAGGGAUGCACGUUGCACACCAUACAAGUUGGUCCCCAAGCAGAGCUGCCGUGUCCCAGUGCUGGGGAACGUUCCCUAUCACCCCACAGCUCUUCCACCCAAGGCAAAGCAAAAGCCAUGAAUUAUUUAUGCUCUCUCUCAAUCAAAUAAAUGGUUAGGUGCUUGAGUUAAUUUCCUGAAGCCUGAAAAUCCAAAGUGCAGACUUUUAAUAAGGCAAAUUAAGUGCUUUAUAUAUUACACUGAUUAAAGCUGCGUAUCAAUCCA